CGAAAAUGAAUGAAUCGUCUCCAUAGUUAGAAUAUCAAUUAGCGUCCUCGCGUCGUGCGAUAUAUAUCGAGAAUGAUUAUUUGUAAAUCAGUUCAAGACUUGGCCUGCUAUUUGUCACUCUCUUAAUAUGGAUUUUUUUAAUAAAGGCGCCAUCUGCAUUUUACUAACAAUAUUUGUAUCAAUUGCGGUCAUAGUGGAUGCAAAUAGUAAUGAGGAAAAUUUGCCAGUAAAAACUGAAACACUGAAGCCCGCAGCAAAUGUUGGAAACUUAAGAACUAAUACAAAUGAAGGAAAAUCAAGGGUGAAACGGCAGUUCGGAGGCUAUUAUGACCCGUAUUAUGGUCGUAGGCGUAUAUAUCCAUAUCCUCCGAUAAUAUUCGGCGGGAUAGGCCUAGGGGGCUUUGGUGGAUAUGGUUACGGUCGAGGUUUUGGCGGACGAGGUUUCGGGGGCAGAGGUGUUGGUGGAAGAGGCUUCGGGGGGAGAGGCAUUGGGGGAAGAGGCUUCGGGGGGAGGGGCAUUGGAGGAAGAGGCAUCGGUGGCAGAGGUGGCGGCGUUGGAGGUGGUCGUGGUGGAGGCAGGGGAUAAAAUGAUUUAAGUUUAAAUAAUUUAUUUCUUAAAAGAAUAUAGGUACUUACAGAUAUUCAUUUAUAGAGAAACUUAAUAUUACUUAGGUUUCUUACCCGACGAGCUCAACAUGAUAUUUACUUUUCAUUAUAUUAAAAACAUGCACAGGACAGCACACACCACGCAUAAUAGUAGGUAUUCAAAUAAAUAAAAUCAAAUAACAUUUUGACAGUACCUACCUACAGAGAGAUUUUUCACUUGCAUUCAUUUUAAACACUAUAUUGGAAGAGACUGCAAUAUUUACAGUAUACUAUAAAAUUUACGUAAUCAACAUUUGAUAAAAUGAUUAAAUGAAAAUAUGAAUAAAAAAGUGA